GUGGAAUAAGACACACUCCUAUGAUCCUGCCUCCUGACGCGUCAGUGCGUAUGGCAAAUUAAAAACGUCUCGUUUUAUUUCAAACCUGCGAGUUUGUCCUUGUUUACAAACUCCGACUUUCUCGGGGAAAGCCUCUUAUUUCUGGACAUUUAUAUAUCUCGCCGCUUGCGACGCUCUGCCUUACCAAUCCAGCCCCGGAUAACUGCACCUGUAACAGUUUCUUGUGAAAUAACUCUUAAGGAAAGUCAUUAUGGCUGAAACGGGGGCGGCACCAGCCAAAACUAAAAAGGCUACCAAGAGCAAGAAAGCUGCCUCUCAUCCCAAAUACUCCGAAAUGAUCAAGGCAGCCAUCAACGACGACAAGACCAGAGGGGGAGCGUCCCGUCAAAGUAUCCAGAAGUACAUCAGCAGUCACUACAAUGUGGGCAAUAACUGCAAUUUGCAGACCAAGCUGGCACUGAAGAGGCUGGUGGCAUCGGGCAUCGUGCGCCACACCAAAGGCAUCGGUGCGUCCGGAUCCUUCAAACUGAGCAAACCCAGCGAGGCACCGAAGGCAAAGCCAGCUGCCAAGCCAAAGAAGGCAGCAAAAGCCCCGAAACCCAAGAAGGUGGCCAAACCCAGGAAGGUCACCAAGACGCCAACAAAAACCAAGAAGGCAAAACCUACAGCGAAGAAAGUGAAAAAGGUCACGAAAAAGGCGCCUGCACCGAAGCCCAAAAAGUCACCAGCGAAGAAACCCAAGGCAACGAAGCCCAAGACAAAGAAGGCAAAAACGGCCGCAAAGCCCAAGCCCAAGGCGUCCAAAAAGGCAGCAGCCAAAAAGAAGUAAAGGACAAUACCCGAGAGACUUGAUCACAGAAAGUCGCUGUAAAUACUUUGAGGAAAUGUUUUCUUAUAUGUAUUAUUUUUGUAUGGUCUCAUGCGAACUUAUCCUGAUGUUUUUACCAGCUGUGUAUCCUUCUUUGCACUAUAGCAAAAUGACGCUGUAGAAAUUUAAGUUACGUAAUUGUGAGCAUUUUUAUUUGACAUUAAAAUACUGUAACUGUUAAUUCAUCUCUGACCAUCGGAUUUCUAUAGCCUAUAGUCUUACAUUAAGGAAAAUAAUGUUUGUGACUCGAAUCUGGACCUUAUUGAACCAACUAAUAGUCAUUGUGCACGAGGUCGCACUGAAAACAAAUGUUUCAGUAGUGAGCUUUGUUGAGUCUUGACAAUGUACAUAGGCAGUGGACGUCAGCAAGAUUUUCCACAAGGCUAAAUAAUUGUCAGCUUAGGCUACAUUUUGUAGAAUUUCUCAUGUUAACACCGAUCUGUGCUAUUAAAAAUAUCCACAUCCAACUGUGCUGAAUCACUUUUAAAGACUGUUUAUACUGCAAUUCAAUAAACCUGUCAUCUUCUA